AUGCAGCAUCUGGUAAUUCGGGCUACAAAUGUGUUCUCGGAGAAUGGUACCGGUGGGGAUGCGGUAUUAGGAGUAUCACAUGUCAUGGCAAUGUCCAGUAUUCGACGGCAGCUUGAUGAUAUAGUCAGUCAGCUUCCUGAAGAUCAGAAGUCCAACUUCCUCGUAUGGCAUCAUUAUCACAUGGUCCUCAUCCGGCUAUACGAGCCAAUAAUCGAUAUGAAGUCUUUGGAUCCUACGAACAAGACAUUUAUGCGGAGCCAGGCUCUAUGGACUUGUUGUCAAAGCGCAAAGUCGCUUCUCGAGCUGUAUCUUACCAUCCCAGGAGACAUGUUUGCGGCACUCAGCUUCGUCAUGGUUGCGCAUCUUUCUUACUCCAACAUUGUAUUAACUCACCUCCUUUUUCUAGAAGACCGGGAUUGGGAUGCGCAUAUCGCCCGGGAGAGCAUCAACUACCCCGACCUCGCAGAGAGGCUCAGCGACUAUUUUGUAGCGUGCGAGCAGUUGCUCGGUCGCAGGUGCAAGGUUAUGGAAGACGGCAAAGGCCUUUUCACUAGGUCCGCGGAAAGAAUGAGAUGGGCGAAGAGUUGGUAUCUUUCUAAGUUGCCUAUUGAUUCUUCGAUAUUAGGCACAGCCGCAACUGCACCUGUGGUAGCCAAUGAAAUGGAAUAUGAAACAUGGCAAAUACUUUUUGCAUAA